UCUAUGGUGACGUCAGUGUUACUUAAACGUGCAGCUGUCAAAAACCAAAAUUAGAUUCUGGCUAAAUCGAAAUUAUUUAUUUUCUUUUACAAUGAUUAAUGUAAUCGCAAGAGCGGGCAAUGGAGCCCCUUUUCUAAAAGCCGUGGCAACAGGAAUCAAACCAGUUACUGCUGCCAUUCCUGAAAAAGUAAACACUCAAGUUGCCCGUCUUGCACACACCGAUUUACGAGUACCAGAUUUUACUGAAUAUCGUCGAGAUGCAACAAAGGAUCCCACCAGCCAAAACAGAGCCAGCGCUGAUAACAGGAAAAGCUUCACAUAUCUUUUGGCCGGCAGUGCAGGUGUCGUUGGAGCCUAUGCUGCCAAAUCAGUAGUGACACAAUUUGUGACAUCAAUGGCUGCUUCGGCUGAUGUACUUGCAUUGGCUAAGAUUGAAGUUAAAUUGUCUGAAAUACCAGAAGGAAAGUCGGUGACUUUCAAAUGGAGAGGAAAGCCUUUGUUUAUUAGACACAGGACUGCUCAAGAAGUUGACACAGAGAACAAGGUCGCUCUAAGCACCUUAAGAGACCCCCAAGCAGAUUCAGAACGUGUACAAGACCCCAAGUGGUUGGUCGUCAUCGGUGUAUGCACUCAUUUAGGAUGCGUCCCCAUUGCGAACGCCGGAGACUUUGGCGGAUAUUAUUGCCCAUGUCAUGGAUCACAUUAUGAUGCUUCAGGGAGAAUAAGGAAAGGACCAGCACCUUUAAAUUUAGAAGUUCCUUAUUACACAUUCCCCGAAGAGGGGAUUUUGAGUGUCGGUUAAUGUAAUUGUCACACAUGGUAAAUUAAUUUUUUUUUAAUAAUAAAUUUUAAUAAUACUGUUGGAUAUUCAGAGUAUUUAUGUUUAUAUUGUUUUUC